AUGUCUACCGCCAUUUUGGAAGAGAAGGUCAUCGUUGCUGACGACGUGUUCACGGCUACUACCAUCGAUCUGGUGCCCAAGCCCCAGGCUCGCAAUGAUCUGUCUAUCCACUUCGAAUCCUUUUAUGGGGUGAAGCCUCGUCAUGUCUCCUCUUCGUUCAAGAUCAGUCUGUCAGAUCUCAGCUAUCAACCCAAGGUCGAGAGACCUACCGCGGACUGGGCUGUGACUGCAGCAUUCCAGGCCUUCAGAUCCUUCCAAGUCGCUGGCUACAGCCCCGUUCGUCGGUUCGCGACCAUUGGGACUGGGUCAGGAACCGAUGCUGUGGGCGCCCUCGAGGUCUUCUUCCCUGAGCUGACCAGCGUCACCAUGACCGACCUCUCGCCUGAGGUGGUUGCAACCGCCAAAAUGAAUCUGAUCUCCGCGGUCCAUGACUCCCGGAAGACCAUCCAGACGGUGGCGCUCGAGGCCACUGCCUUGACGGGGUACUGUUUAGAGCCAUUGAAAGGACAGCCAGUGUUCGACCUGAUUUACGAGUGUGUUGAUCUCGUUCCAUUUACUCCUUCGAACUUGCCCAACAUUCCCCUCCCCGAGGGGGCCACCCUCCUGGAGGAACAGACAUCAUCGACCUACUUCUCUGCUGCCGAUCUCCCAUAUCAGAUUCCUCCCUUCGUUGCAUCCGCGCUCCUCGACUUACACUACACCAGCCUCGUCCAGGCUCGCGUCUUCGGCCUCCUCAGCCCGUCCGGGGUCGUCCUGUCCAGUAUUGGCGGACGGGUGCCGGUCGCCAAGAUGCUCGCUCUCGCGGACGCCGCCGGCUACGCCGGACGGACCCUCUCCAUGAGUUGGAAAGAGCAAAGUGAACCUGACUCGGUGAUCGGGGGGUAUGCAACCCAGCAGCAGAAGGGAUUGGGUCCGUUCUACUUCUAUCGCACCACCACUCUCCGACGCGUCUUUCACGGUCGGACUCCGGCAGGUGCUGCUCUUUGGGCGCUGCAGAUUGAGCGGGAAUUACUCCCGGAGCGCAUUGAUGCCAUCACAGCCUUGAAAUUGCACCACGAAGGGGUGGAGUUGGGUCAUCCGGUUGUGGUGAUGGCGAGCGUUCUCCGGUGA